AUGCCGCCGCAGCAAGGGAACCCCGAGUACAUCAGCAAGCCUGUGGCGGGCUGCUGCGGCUGUGAGGUGCCACCCGUUCCCCCGCGCCGCGUGCGCAGCGGCCGGAGCGCAGCCUUGGCCUCGCGCAGUAGAGCCGGCGGGGCAGAGAGACGCAGCAUCAAGUGCGUUCUGGUCGGAGAUGGUGCUGUAGGGAAGACCAGCCUGGUAGUGAGCUAUACCACCAAUGGAUACCCCACCGAGUACAUCCCUACCGCCUUCGACAACUUCUCUGCUGUCGUGUCUGUGGAUGGGCGUCCUGUGGGACUCCAGCUCUGUGACACAGCUGGCCAGGAUGAAUUUGACAAGCUCAGGCCUCUAUGCUACACAAACACAGACAUCUUCCUGCUGUGCUUCAGUGUGGUGAGCCCUACGUCCUUCCAGAAUGUGAGUGAGAAGUGGGUCCCUGAGAUCCGGUGUCAUUGCCCCAAAGCCCCCAUCAUCCUGGUCGGAACUCAGUCAGAUCUCAGAGAAGAUGUCAAAGUCCUCAUUGAAUUGGACAAAUGCAAAGAGAAGCCCGUGCCUGAAGAGGCGGCCAAGUUCUGUGCUGAAGAAAUCAAAGCUUCCUCUUAUAUAGAAUGUUCAGCUUUGACUCAGAAAAACCUGAAAGAAGUCUUUGACGCAGCCAUAGUUGCUGGCAUUCAGUACUCAGACACUCAACAACAGCCAAAGAAGCCCAAGAGCCGGACUCCAGACAAGAUGAAAAACCUCUCCAAGUCCUGGUGGAAGAAAUACUGCUGUUUUGUAUAAUGCUGGCAAGAAACUCACAAAGCUAUUUCCAGAUGAAAUCAAUAUUAGAAGCUAUAUUAGCUGA